GUCCUCAUUUCCGUCAGGUUCACUGCGUGCGUGGAGCGUGCGUUCCUUUCGGAUGGUGUUUUUUCCUCAUUGUUUUGAUUCGGAUAUCUCGAAUGUCCGAACGAUGAUGAGGACGCCGGCUGUGCCGCGACUUCGUAGAGGGCUCAGGUUGAGGGCGCGCGAGUUGAUGGUGAUUUACCUGGGUGCAGUUGCAUUGCUCCCUGGCGAACUGGCAAUUGCAGAGAAGUUUUUCGAAGGGUUUCAACAUCGAAUCAUGCAAAAAGAGCAGACUAAGACCCAGUAUGGACCGACAAUUGAGGGUGGAGUUGCCAAAUGCAGUUUGACGGCAUCCGGCACUGGCGAAAUUACGAAACAUGGCGCGACAGCACUAACAUUGUCAAUUCAGAACCUCACUGCUAAAAUAGAGUGUCAUGGUCCGAGGAAUCAAGCGGUUCCUCUAGGAUUAGGAAUUGUCUGUGACCCCAGUUUGAAGGGCAUUAACGGCACAUGCCAGUUCGGUGCAUCAACAGGCGGCAUUGAAGCAAUGGAUAUCACACUGCAAAAGCUUCUUGGGACACAAAAGUUUUUGAGCUUCACAGAAGAUGUGCCAUACGAACACACCUACAGAGGCGAAAAAUGGACCCUGAACUUAACUGCGGACGAUCUGCCUUUGGAAGACAUAGCCUUCUUCGUCGGGUGUCAAGAAGAUCCGACGUCUGACGAUUCAGCUAACAAGCCAUCGUGCGUAGUGCCAGUACAUGUGGAAGCGAGACCUUCUGUUCAGGCAGACAACGUUGUUACCUGUGCGUACGGCCAUAACAGCAACAAACAACCUGUGGAGGUCGAGAUUACAACUGACAAAAACGCUGUGACUGUCGAAUGUGGGAGCCUGGGAUUUGUCACUUCCAGAAACGUGGCCACUGAGUGCUGCGCAACUGAUGAUCCACUUGCGGAAGAACGCACAGGAAAGAAGUACACCGACGUUCUUCCGAUAAUUGAAGCGAGUUGGGUGGAGAAAGGCGGUGUGACGACUUCUGUCACCCUGACGAUCCCUGUGUCUGCAUUUCCAUCGAAGGACCUGAAGAUCCGCUUGGCGUGUGCCCCCAGAAAACCGUCGGGUACUACUGAUCCUGAGACAACUACCGGCCAGUUUGGUGCAGCAACAAGUUGCAAUGUCAUCGCGACUGUUAAGACAACGAGGUCCGCCUCCUCUGCAUUAUCAUCUCUGUGGGCGGUAACAGCCUCCGGUGCUGCCUCUGUGGCAGGGCUGCUUUCCACUUCCUUUUAGGCGGGACACCCUGCUGUAAGGAUUGACGAUCAGCGUUGUUCGCUUUGUAGCUGACCAGUUGAUGUCCGUUGCUAUCGCAGCUGGAUCUUUUUUUGGCGACUACAUCGCUCGAGUUCGUUUACUGUGCUACUUCAACCAAAGGGAACCCUGCCUUACCGGGAUGCUUCCGUGAGUCCACGAAAGUGAUGACUCUUCUCAAAGUGCAAACAGCACAGUCUAAGAGGCAGCUGCAAGGACAAAGACCCUAAUUCCAUACUUUUUUACCUACUGGCACGCGUGUUGUGCUCUCGCGCUCGUGUAUAUGCGAAGGGCUGUGAACAAAAGGGAUACCUGAUUAGGCGUGACCAGGAAUAACUCCAUUUUCGGCCUCUACGUACGGCUGUAUUGCGUAACUUUUUUGAAGCAGGUGAAUGAAAGUAUCUUUCGUUAAUGUCAAAGCGUAUGUGUUUUGACACCAGAUUUUUUUAUGUUCCAAUUGUCGUCUUGUCUGCGAGCGGCACCGGAGAAGCGGACAGCUUGGAUACGUGGGAAAACAACUACUCUACAACAUGAUGUGAUCUGGCUA